AUGUACAAAGAAAUUUUCUUUGUUUAUCUAUUAAAAAUAAUAUUAAUAAAUUGUUAUACAUUUCAAUCUUCAAUUGAUAAUUUACUCUAUCUAAAAAAUACAUCAACUCUAUUUGCAAUAUCAUCAUCACAUCUGCAUCAGUUACAUUGGUCAGCAACAAAUAAAAAUUUAUUAUUAUUACAUCGACGUGUUCAACUUCAUGCAUCUAUUGAUAAUACAGAAUAUGGCGUAAGCGUUUUUGUUUACGAUCAAAUAAAGCAAUUACUAAUUAUAUGUGCACGAUCAUUAGUUGGACGUUGCAUAUUAUAUGAUGCAAACGAUAUAAGUCGAACGUAUUUACUUGAUUCAAAUCUUGAAACAAAUUAUCUUGGCUGUCUAUCGGGUUGUCAUACAUUUAUGUCAUCAAAUAUAAUACGUUCAGCAUUCAAUGGAAAUCGUCUUGACCGUAAUGGAAAUGUAGUUAAUUCACAAAUUGCAAUUGGUAAAGAUUUACUAAGUUACAAUAUAAAAUAUCAAUUCGAAUCAAGUGAUAAUACAUUAAUAACAUCAUUGACAUUCUUACCUGAUCGUUUAUUUAAAAAUCAGAAUUACGAAUAUAUUUAUGGUUUUGAUCAUGAAAAAUAUACAUAUUAUAUAUUAAAAUCAUCUCGUAUCGCACGGUUAUGUCAAGCAUCAAUAAUUAUGCGAGUUACCUAUGAUGAAAUACCGCUAGUAAAUUGUCAUAGUGAUAAAAACUCGUCGAUUAUCACAGUUGCUUUUCAUACAUUUGAUAAAACAAAUAGUUUAUAUGUUGCAUUUAAUAAUAUUGUUUGUAUUUACUCAAUGAAUGAAAUCAAAAGUGCAUUUAAAUCAUCUAAAAGGCAAUGUCAAGCUGGUAAUGGUUAUCGUCUUGGACAUAUUGUUGAUAGUACAGAAUUACGACCAAUGUGUGUAAAAACGCUUGAACAAAACUUUACAGAAGAAAAUGAAUGUACAUGGCAAUCACAUCGAACAAAUUCAUAUAUUGAUGGAACUGUUGGUGCCGUGGGAAAUCUAAUUUAUGAAACUGUGAAUGAUGAUGCUGAAAUUAAAUUUAUUUUUGCUCAAGAUGAUAUUGUAAUUAUGGCUACCAGUGAACGGCGCGUUUUAAAAUUUAUUUUGUCGAAUCAAACAAAACUUUAUCUUUUACAUGACGCUAUUUAUCAUAAUGAACCAUUCAAUAGUCAAUUUGUUAUCGAUUAUGAACAUGAAUCACUUAUCUUUGCUGUAGCUUCUGAGCUACAUCGUUAUGCGUAUAAUUCAUGUUCAAUUUAUGAUACAUGUCAAUCAUGUGUUGGCAGUCGACGUUAUGAUAGUAAAUCAUGUAUUUGGUUCGAUGGUAAAUGUUCUCUCUCACCAAAUCCAUUAAUAUUCGAUCGUGGAUGUCCACCAUUGAUUGAUCAAAUUAAGCCAACAAAUAUCAGUAUCAAUAGUGAACAAUUUCUAUUGACUAUUAAAGGUUCAUUUGAAGGUGUCAAUGAACAUUUUAUUAAAGUUAUGGUGAGAUUUCCUUUACCAAAUCAAAAUGAAUUUUUCUGUACUAUUCAAAAUAUUCAAAAUGACAGUUUAAUGUGUAAUUUGAUUGUACCAAAGCAACCUGUUGAUGGAAUUAUUUCUAUUAGUAUUCAACCUGAACGCACAUUGUCUAAGGGUGAUACUGAUAUAUCUGGUGCAAUACAAUUAACAGAAAAACUGAAUGUUUAUGUGCCUAGGCCAAUUCUUUUACCUAAUUAUGGUCCGGUCGCUGGUGGAACAAAAAUUCGAAUUCAAAAUUUAGCCUUUGAUACGAAUUUAGAUUUAUUUUCUACAAUGAAAAUCUUCUUGGGAAAACAAGAAUGUCAUAUAAUCGAAGUUACUCCAAAUGAAGUUAUAUGUAUAAAUCAAGCAUGUAAAAAUGAAUCCGAACAAUUAGAAUUAAGUAUUCAAGUAAACACUCAUAUAUGGCAAUUAGAAAAAACAUAUUUUCAAUGUAAAAAUGAUCCAAUAGUAUUGGAUUGGUCUCCGAAAAAAUCGAUUUUAAGUGGUGGCUUUAAAUUAUUUGUAAAUGGUGAAAAUUUAGAUGUUGUACAAUUGCCAAUUAUGAAAUUCGUGUAUAAUAUAUCUGAUUAUGAAUUCAUUUCCUUAUGCGAAGCGAUCACAAGCUCACAAAUGAUUUGUUUAUCUCCUGGUAUUGAUAAAAAUCUAAAUCUAAGUCCACCAAUCUAUCUCUAUGUAUCAUUUAUUAUGGAUAAUGUUAACAUAGUACCUGAAGAUGGCAUUUUAAUGAUUGUUCAAGAUCCUGUUUAUUAUCCAUUUGAAGAUUACGUUCAAGAAGUAAAUUCAACAAAUAUAAUCAGAUUCGAAGGUUCAAAUCUUGCAUCAACACAUUCAAUCGAUUUGAUUGAUGUACGCAUAGAUGAUAUGAGUAAUGGUUGUAUACCAUUUAAUUUAACUAAUACUCAUCUUAUGUGUUCAUUAACAAAAUCAGCUUUAAAUAAUACACGAGAUUUGGAAGCUAAUGUUGAAAUUCGAAUAGGGACAAAUUUAACAUUUUUAAUUGGUAAAAUUGCCUUUCAAAAUUUGACUCUUUCGUCAUUAUCGGGAGUUUCAUUUAUAACCAGACAAUUUGGUCUAUGGACUAUGACUUCUCUAAUAAUAUUAUCAUCAAUAACAAUAAUUAGCCUUAUAUUUCUCUUAGUUAUAAUUCUUCGUCGAUACUAUUUUCAUUCAUCAGGAAAAUAUAGACAAGGUGUACCACCACCUUAUUAUAAUGAUGUUUGGUGUGAAUUAGGAAAUAAAUGGCAAAUUAAUCCAAAUUUCGUAACAAUAGCCGAAAAAAUUGGUCAAGGCUGUUUCGGUGAUGUGUAUAAAGGAGAAUUACAACAAAAGGAUAAACCGAUUGAAGUUGCCGUCAAAGUUUUACGUGAUCAAAAUGUUGGAUCGAUGCAUGAAUUUUUAUUUGAAGCGAAUCGCAUGAAAGAUUUUUCUCAUCCAAAUAUUCUAUCGUUAAUUGGUGUUGCAUGGGAUCCAACGCGUAAAGCUAUGGUACUUUUACCAUAUAUGAAAAAUGGCGAUCUUAGAAGUUAUAUAUCAAACGAGAAGAAUCGGCCAACUGUACGACAAUUAAUAACAUGGGGUAUUGAAGUAGCCGAUGGAAUGGAUUAUUUAUCUUCGCUCAAAUUUGUUCAUCGAGAUUUAGCAACACGAAAUUGCAUGCUCGAUGAAAAUCUCACAUGUCGAGUAUCUGAUUUUGGUCUUAGUCGAGAUGUUUUCGAUAGAGAUUAUUAUCUUGUACCGCGAACAACAACUAAAGAAAAAGAUGGAGUCUGUAUUCAAAUUCCGCCAAGACGUUUACCUAUUCGAUGGCUGAGUCCUGAAUCUAUCGAAUCAUCAAGAUAUACUAUUCAAUCUGAUGUGUGGUCAUAUGGUAUUCUACUUUGGGAAUUAUUAAGUCGUGGAAAAACACCCUAUCCUGGCAUUGAUAAUGCUGAUAUUUUUACAUAUGUUAAAAAUGGUUAUCGUCUUUCUUCGCCUACAUAUUGCCCUCCGUUACUUUAUAAAUCAGCUAUGCUUGUUUGUUGGCAUGCUGAUCCAUCACAACGCCCAUUAUUUAAACAACUUGCAACUGAUAUUCGUAAUAUAUUACAUCAACUUGAAUUAGAACAAAAUCAAAGACAAAAUGCACAACAGCAACAACAACAACAACAGCAACAAUCAUCAGCUGACGACGAGGAUACAACUAUUGUUGAGCGAUAUCCAGCUGAUAGAAAAAUCAAACGAUUAUCAACAACAUCAAUGUCAUCAUCAGCCAGUAUUGAUGGACAAUAUAUAACAACACCUCAUCGUCAAUCAGAAAAUGAACAAUUAUUAUUUGAUCGCGAUGGUGAUGAAGAAGAUUCGUAUGCUGUUGCAGUUACUUCGACUGCUGACGUUUUUAGUACGACUAGACUAUUGCCUAAGUAUACUGAGACAAGCAUUGCUGAAGAUGCUUAA